CAACAAAGUCAAUAAGGGAAGCCCAAAAACCCAAAGCAAAAAGUCUUUUUGACAGCCAUUCUUGCCUCCACAGCAAAUCCAACACUUUCACUAACUCCAUUUAAUUCCAUCUCCAAAACUUUUCAAACUUCCUAAAAUUUCUUUGUUAAUUUUUGAUUUUGCUUCUGUUUAAUUAUACAUCUUACAUAUAUAAGUUUUGGUCAAGCUAAAAGUCAAAUCUUAUUGGCUAUAUCAAUAUUUAUCUCUUUGGAAUUUUGGAGACUGGUGGAUCGGUUGUGAAUUUCAGGAAUUUAAGAGUGGUUAUGGUACAUGUUACUUACUAUAGUAGGCGGCUGAGAAGUGACUGAAUUAUAUGGGUAAUUUGUGCUGCUUCAAUUCUCUCUUCUCGCAGCUUGCAGGAGGACGGUCAUUAUGUAGUUCGGGAAAAGGAAGAAGCAAUCAAGGGCCUACAAAGUAUGGUUUCAGCCUGGUUAAGGGGAAAGCUAGUCAUCCCAUGGAGGAUUUCCAUGUUGCUAAGUUCGUCCAGUUGCAAGGACGUGAACUAGGACUUUUUGCUAUUUAUGAUGGGCAUUUGGGAGAUAGCGUUCCUGCCUAUUUACAGAAGCAUUUGUUUUCCAAUAUCUUAAAUGAGGAGGAUUUUCGGAAUGACCCUCAUAGGGCAAUCUUAAAAGCAUAUGAGAGAACAGAUCAAGCUAUUCUUUCACACAGUCCUGAUCUUGGAAGAGGUGGCUCUACUGCUGUGACUGCAAUUCUUAUAAAUGGUCGUAAGUUAUGGGUAGCAAAUGUUGGAGAUUCCAGAGCAGUACUUUCUAGGAGGGGUCAGGCCAUCCAGCUAUCAAUUGAUCAUGAACCAAACACUGAGCGAGGCGACAUUGAAAACAGAGGUGGUUUUGUCUCCAACAUGCCAGGAGAUGUUGCUAGAGUGAAUGGCCAACUAGCUGUAUCUCGCGCUUUUGGGGACAAGAAUCUGAAAUCGCACCUGAGCUCUGAUCCUGAUGUAACAAAUGCUGAUGUCGAUGGGGAUACAGAUCUCCUCAUACUUGCAAGCGAUGGUCUAUGGAAGGUAAUGUCUAAUCAAGAGGCAGUUGACAUUGUGAGGAAAGUCAAGGACCCACAGAAGGCAGCCAAGCAGUUAGCAAUCGAAGCACUGAUCAGAGAAAGUAAAGAUGAUAUCUCAUGCAUUGUUGUCCGAUUUAAGGGGUAAAUCCAUGAGAUUUAUCCCCGUGUGCAGUAUAUAUAUUUAUUAGAGGGUUUUUUGUUAGACUGACAGAAGCUCAAAGUCUCAGAUAAUCUGCAUAAAGUAUUAAAGUGUUACCUGCCAACUCUUUUGUAAUAUUCAUGUUCUUUACUCGGGCUGUGUGGUUGUUAUAUGUUGAUUUAUUCAGCUAGUAGAUUCUCAGCAUCAUUUUUCUUCACUUGCUUAAACA